AUGGAGGCAAUCAAGGCGGUUUUCUUCGGUCCAGACCCGCAAGUACAGAUGCGGAAAUGCAACCAACUCAUUCGGCAGAACACGCGGCAGCUCGACCGCGACAUUGCGAAUUUAAAGUCCCUCGAUUCCAAGACGCGACAGCUGAUCCUCAAUGCCUCUCGCCGGGCUCAGAGGAAUCCCUCGCAAGCGAAGCAGGCAACUGCGGAAACAAAGACCUAUGCCCGUGAGCUGUUACGCAUUCGGAAACAGAGCGCGCGCCUUAAUACAAGUCGAGCCCAGCUGCAGAGCGUGCAGAUGCAGGUUAAUGAGGCCUUUUCGGUACGGAAAAUACAGGGAAGCCUCAAGAAGUCGGCUGGUAUCAUGAAGGAUGUGAACACACUUGUGCGUUUGCCAGAGCUCAACAGCACAAUGCGACAGCUCUCUACGGAGCUAGUACGAGCCGGUAUUAUUGAGGAAGUCGUCGAUGAUGCGUUGCCCAACGACGAGUUAUUAGAAGACGAACUGGAAGAAGCGGACUCGGAGGUUGAUAAAGUUCUACACGAGAUUCUACAGGGCAAACUGUCCAAGGUUGAACCGAUUCGUCCAGAAAUUCCCGUGGAGGAGGCGCCUACUCCAGAGGAGGAAUUUGAAGAGCAGGAAGCUACGCUUGAACAGAUGCGAGGUCGCCUCGAGGCGCUGAAGAGCUGA